ACAUAUAUGUGAAUUUUGAUCCAGAAAUUCAACUAACUCCUAAGAAUAUAUGUGGUUUUCUUGUCUAAAAAUUGAUAUUUUAUAUUUUUAAUGACUGGGAUAGUAUAAAUUUGUAGGUCCGCAUCUUCUAAAACAAGAUUUAUAUCAUAUAAUUUGAUUCUCAGUUGAAAAACAUAUUUUCAAUCAAAUUUGAAUAUGUAACCUCCAAAAUGCUUGUUAAAUAAUCAAGGAUUUUAACCAUUAAACCACCUCAUCGUUCAUAAAUAUUUUAAUAUGAUUAGAUUUAGAUGACUUAUCAUUCUUAACAAAUUGUAGUACUUUACGCCAUUUAAACCGGUUUACUUUUCUUGGAGCUUGAUUUCGUUCACGCAACGAGACAAACCUUUUCCGGGUUCUAUUUCAUAAAUAAGAACCUCGGAUUUUGUAACACUUGGCCGCAGAAACUACUAAUGGAUAUCGGAAAAGGACAGUGUGAAGAAUAAUCAUAGCAUAUGUGAUAUAUGUGUUUUAUAUAUAAAGCCACAUAAAGUUAAAACAAUAAUCAUAAGAAUCGGGUAAAAAUGUCAAAAAGGGUAUCGAUCUGUUCUUAGGCUCAACAAGGUAAGCAUAAUGGAAAGACUCGAGAAAUGAUACCAAAACCUCCAAAUAAAAAGAAAAGACAAGAUAACUGUAUCCACUAAGAAAAACAUAUAUCCUCAAACAAUCAAUUGAGUCAAUUCACCACUAUAACAGGUUUUUUUUUAAACACAUUUCAUUCAUUAAAGCUCUUAAACAGAGUUGGUUAAACACAUUUCACCACUAUAACAGGUUAAAUUACUAAUGUAGGUGUAAAAAAUCUCUAAUUUAUUAAUAUUUUUAAAUCCAAAUGAUAUGAUAUGAUAGAUGAAAUUUUAUUCUAAUUUAUCUCUAUCUAUUUUUUAAAAUAAUAAUAAUUAUUUUUCCUUUAAAUAUAAAAUAGCAUUUUAUGGUAUAACAAACGAUAUAUGAUUUCACAGAUAUACAUUAAAGUAAUUUUUACAUCUUUUAUAGAACUCUUUUUGGUUAAAUAAAAAAAUAAAAAAAUAUCUUAGAGAAGGUCUAAUAUUGUUCUUGCUAGCAAUUACAUAAAACACGUUUAUGUAUAAAUAGAUUUUUGAAAUUUCUCACGUCUAACAUUAUCAGCGAAAUUAGCCAUUUGUAAAUUUAUCAGUAAAUAAGUAUGCCCAGCUACCUCAAUGUUUACACAAAUACCUGUCUCUUUCUACCUUGAUAAUCUUAGUAUAACCUUAGAAUAGUGGUGGAGAAAAUACAAAUACAUUGAAAGCUAGUACUAGUAGGCCAUUGAUUUGAUUUAACUUUAUGGUAUUAAAUAUCGACAGUUAGAGUUGGUUCGGUGAAAUUUAUUUCUCUGUCUCUCUCUCUCCCAGCGUCCCACCCUUCUUUAUAAAUCUUUCCUCCACCAUGACUUUCUCACGUGCCCUCCUCCUCCUUUCUUCUUCUUUCCACCACCACCGCCAUUAAUACAAACACUCUCCUCUUCUUCUUCUCCCUCUCUCUCUCAUCAAUGGAGUCUCUCAUCGACCCUAGCCAUGGCGAUUCUCACUCUUCAUCUCUCGACAGUCUCAAACCUAGUGUCUUAGUCAUCAUCCUCAUCCUCCUCAUGACUCUCCUCAUCUCCGUCUCCAUCUGCUUCCUCCUCCGUUGCCUCAACCGCUGUAGCAGCCACCACUCUUCUCUCUCUCCCUCCUCCUCCACCGAGUCACUCCGAUUCUCUAACCGCCGAGUCUCUCCCGAAACGGAACGUUCCUCGGUGCUCGACUCGCUCCCGGUUUUCAAAUUCUCCUCCGUCACUCGCCGAUCUAGCGCCUCUAACUCCAGCGACUGCGCCGUUUGUUUGUCCAGGUUCGAGCCGGACGAUCAGCUCCGUCUUCUUCCUCUCUGCUGCCACGCGUUCCACGCUGAUUGCAUCGAUAUCUGGCUCGUGUCGAAUCAAACGUGUCCUCUCUGUCGUUCUCCUCUCUUCGCGUCGGAGUCUGAUCUCAUGAAGGCGCUUAACACCUCCGCGUCUCUCGGAAACAACAACGGCGGAGGAGGAGGAGAAGGAGGAGGAGAUAACAGUUUCCGUCUCGAAAUCGGAUCUAUCAGCCGCCGCAACAAUCCGACUCCGGAAUCCGGCGACCAGCACCGGUCUUACUCCAUCGGCUCGUUUGAUUACGUAGUCGACGACGUGGAAUCCGAAAUCUCCGAGUCAAACUUCAACAAUAGAAACGCGUCGCGAAAACAGGAAGACGCGACUGCGACUGCGGUUGCGGUUACGACGUCGGAUGAUUCUAACGCGGCGUUUGAAGCGAGUUUGGCGGGGGAGAUAGGUAACGAGGGUUCAAGAAGCUGGCUCAAGGAUUACGUGGACAGACUCUCGCGUGGCGUUUCGUCUCGUGCGAUGUCGUUUAGAAGCUCCGGGAGAUUUUUUACCGGGAGUAGUAGGCGGAGCGAUGAAAUGGCGGUGGUGGAUAUAGAAGCGAAUCAUGCUGGAGAGGAGAUAAGUGAGCUUUUCCGGUGGCUUUCAGGUGUGUGAUUAUUGAGUGAGACUCACGUUUCAUACAUUCACUUGGGUCUGUACAUAUGAACAGUGUCUGACGACUUUUCUUCAGUUACGGAUAUUUUUUUGGUUUGGUUUUUUGCCAUUUUCCAGUCAUAUAUAAGAGAUGGAUUUUCUAAUCA